GCUCUUGUCUUGAGUAACGAGCUCUGCAAAUCUUAACGUAGCCUGCAUCGUUUGCGGAAGCGUCCCUCUCUGACAAAAGGCUGCUUUAGAAGAAGUGGAAGGAGAUGUGACAGAAUUAGAACUGAAACUCGAUAAGUUAGUGAAGCUCUGUAUUGCAAUGAUUGAUACCGGCAAAGCUUUCUGUGCUGCCAACAAUCAGUUCAUGAAUGGGAUUCGAGACCUUGCACAGUAUUCCAGUAAGGAUGUACUAGUUGAGAACAGCCUGAUGAAGUUUUCUGAGACCCUGCAGGAAAUGACCAAUUAUCACACAAUUCUGUUUGAUCAAACCCAAAGAUCAAUUAAAGCACAACUUCAGACAUUUGUUAAAGAAGAUAUUAGAAAAUUUAAGGAUGCAAAGAAGCAAUUUGAAAAAGUCAGUGAAGAAAAAGAGAAUGCGUUAGUAAAAAAUGCCCAAGUUCAGAGAAACAAGCAACAUGAAGUAGAAGAGGCAACUAAUAUUCUGACUGCAACACGGAAGUGCUUUCGGCACAUCGCUCUGGAUUACGUGCUUCAGAUGAAUGUUCUUCAAUCUAAGAGAAGAUCAGAGAUCUUAAAAUCGAUGUUAUCCUUCAUGUAUGCCCAUCUGACUUUCUUCCACCAAGGCUAUGAUCUCUUCAGUGAACUGGGGCCCUACAUGAAAGAUCUUGGAGCCCAGCUGGAUCGCUUGGCUGUAGAUGCUGCAAAGGAGAAGAGAGAUAUGGAGCAAAAACACUCCACUAUUCAGCAAAAGGAUUUCUCCAGUGAUGACACUAAGCUAGAAUACAAUGUAGAUGCAGCCAAUGGCAUUGUUAUGGAGGGAUAUCUCUUUAAGCGAGCCAGCAAUGCCUUCAAGACUUGGAACAGGAAAAAGCCAGAUCACAUCAGGCGCUGGUUCUCAAUACAAAAUAAUCAGCUUGUGUACCAGAAAAAAUUCAAGGAUAAUCCUACAGUAGUUGUUGAAGACCUGCGGCUUUGCACCGUUAAGCACUGUGAAGACAUAGAAAGACGUUUCUGUUUUGAGGUGGUCUCCCCAACGAAAAGCUGCAUGCUCCAGGCUGACUCUGAAAAGCUGCGGCAAGCAUGGAUUAAGGCUGUUCAGACCAGUAUUGCUACAGCGUAUAGAGAGAAAGGAGAUGAAUCCGAGAAACAAGAGAAGAAAUGUUUCCCUUCUGCCGGGAGCCUAGAGCCUGGCAGUGAGUCUAAGGAGAAGCUGUUAAAAGGAGAGAGUGCUCUGCAGCGGGUACAGUGUAUUGCUGGCAAUGCCUCCUGCUGCGACUGCGGCCUGGCUGACCCGCGCUGGGCCAGCAUCAACCUAGGAAUCACGCUGUGCAUCGAGUGUUCAGGGAUACACAGGAGUCUAGGAGUCCACUUUUCAAAAGUUAGAUCGUUAACACUGGAUACAUGGGAGCCAGAGCUUCUAAAGCUUAUGUGUGAAUUAGGGAACGAUGUUAUAAAUAGAAUAUAUGAAGCAAAAGUGGAAAAAAUGGGAGUAAAGAAGCCACAAUCUUCAAGCCAAAGGCAGGAGAAGGAGGCAUAUAUCCGAGCGAAAUACGUGGAGAGAAAGUUUGUGGCUAGACACCUGGCAUCAGUGUCUCUUCCUGAGGAUGGAGCAAGUGCUGUGCCGCAGCACCAGGAGGAGAAAAGGCACAGCAGCUCUGAGAGAUCCCCUCAGGCAGACAAACAUGGUGCCACGUCUCCUAAAGCGGUUGCUGUAAGUAGCGACGAGGCAAGGCGGGAGUCUCUGUUCUGCCCUGAUGAGCUAGAUUCGCUCUUCUCCUACUUUGAUACCUCUUCAAAACUGCGUAGUAUAAGAAGCAAUGACAGUGGGAUCCAGCAGAGUGCUGAUGACAGUAGAGAGCACCUCGCGUCCACCAUAUCCGCUAACAGCUUGUAUGAGCCAGAAGGAGAAAAGCAAGAGGCUUCUGUGCUCUGCGAUUCUAAGCAGCUGCCUCCUGGAUUGCAGCUUUAUCGUGCUGCCUACAAGAAGAACCUUCCUGACAUGGCAGAGGCGUUGGCCCAUGGGGCCGAAGUAAACUGGGUCAAUAUAGCAGAAAACAAAAGCACCCCGUUGAUUCAGGCAGUGCUAGGGGGCUCAUUAGUUACCUGUGAGUUCUUGCUGCAGAAUGGUGCCAACGUGAACCACAGGGACGUGAAAGGAAGAGGACCGCUGCAUCAUGCCACGGUCUUGGGACACACUGGGCAAGUGUGUUUAUUUCUGAAACGAGGCGCAAACCAGCAUGCCACAGACGAGGAAGGGAAAGACCCCUUGAGUAUAGCUGUAGAGGCGGCAAAUGCAGAUAUAGUAACAUUGUUACGUUUAGCAAAAAUGAAUGAAGAAAUGCGUGAAUCGGAAGGACUUUGUGGACAGCCAGGAGAUGAAAUUUAUCAGGACAUUUUCCGUGACUUUUCCCAAAUGGCCUCCAAUAAUCCAGAGAAGCUAAACCGUUUCCAGCAAUCAGAUUCACAGAAGUCUUGAAUGUCACAUCAGGAAAAGAACUAAACCUGGUCACUUGUUCUCUUAUACGUAUAGUGCAAGUCUUUUUAAACAGCUUUAACUAUAUGCAUUUUGUUAGUAGUCAGUAGUCUAGAUAAAAUGACCGCUCUGAUGUGGCCUGCGGUAGUGGCAGGUAUGGGGAGGAGUGAAGGAUUGCUGACACUGCUGUCCCCCUAAAGCACUUGCCUCUGGAAGGCAAGGGCCAACUUACCCAUCCCCUCCCUGAUUUGUGGUUGCGGGGAGAGAAAUCUGGCAAUCUUUUCCUGAACUCCCCCCUUCUACAUCUGCCCGUGAUAGAAAAUAUCCUCUGCUCCCCUUGCCAACAGUGCUCACAGACAUGUGCUGCUAACAGGUAAUGAGAGUUGAUGCAAGUUCUGUCACCGCCUAACCUUCCCACCAAUGCAGGCCACUGGUGGUGACUGCUGGUCAGUCACUCUGCGGGUGCACGUGUGAUCUGGAGGAUCAGAUGUUGCAUGGAACAGCCGCAGCCAGGAAGGCUGCCUUUCACCAAGUGGCUCUUGGUAUUGCUCCCAGUUCAGACUGGUUCGAACACUUGCAGGUAAUGCAGCCAUCCUGAAUUCAGCCUGCUCGAUCCCUUACGUCGCAGCACGCUGUAAGGUAGGCAGCAUACACACAUAUGCACGUUCACCCUUUCUAAGUACAGAACAUUGCAGAGAGACUCCAAGUUGUAUUGCGCUGUUCCUGCAGAGUAACAAUGCAUGGCAUUGCCUAAUGGCAUCGUCUUGGCAUCGAGAGGAGCUUUCUCAGCAAGCCCCGCUCUGCCUUCUGCAGAUAUGCAUGGUGUGUACAGUUUCCCACUUGGAUGUGUGCGUCUGGUGUAUAACGGAUAGAUAACACACACCUGCACUGUUCCUGAUGCUCCGUCUGUCGGGACUUUGAACAGUAAGGCUCAUUUCUAGGGCGCACCAUUAAACUACUGUAAACUUCCUGUGACCUGCUCAAACUAGUUACAGCAACGUGGUAUCUUGCUGCUGAAACUUAUUUUGGAAAUGAAUUAGGUUUUUUUUUUUUUUGUUUUUAAACAAUUAGCUUAGUUCAGUGUGAGCAGGUAAAUUUGGAAUUAAAAUUAAGUCUUUCCUGGCACAUUUACAUUUAAACUAUUCCAAGAUAUUUACCACUGUGCAUGAAAUAGGUAAUGAAAAAUAACAUCUGUGGAAGGCCCCUGAUACCAGGUUAGAUACUCGCAUUAUACAAAGUGUCCUGUUGAUAAGUAUGCUAAGUAGCUGAGUUUCGCAGCAUGUAAUCUGUGCUUCAUGUGUAGCCUAAUUACUUUAGGAAAAGUAAACUCAGCCCACUGUUUAAACUGCAUUUAUUUUGGAAAGUAGUAAGUUUCUUAUUAGACAAUACUCCUUAUAGAUGAGUUUCCUAAGCUUUUAAAUUGGAGUGGCUUCCUGUACAAUGAUAGCAUGCUCAGUGAUUGCUAAUAUUGAAACAUCCUUCUGUCUUAAAUUAGGAGGUGUUAGAGAAUGUAAGCUGCUCUGUAGCUGGGACAGUGGGAGAUGCACCUAGUGCACACUGCAGAUGUACAGUCCUGCAAACAUGGUCUUGGCAUUACAGGGGAGGGUGGAUGUACAUUGCGUGUGACGGCUACAGCAAAGCAGUGUGAAGCUUCAGGGCAUAGCUACCCUCUUUCUUUCUAUGCCACAGUAAGACAUCAAGUCUUUUCUCUAAGAUGCCCUGUAUCAGACCUCCACCUUGGACCACAGGUAGCAUUUCCUUUCUAGUCUCAGGGGACCCCGUUUAAAGUCACAAGAGGAUUUCCUCUAAAGCAAAGGCUUUUCUCGCCCUGUGGCUGCGUGGGGCGUCUGCUGCACUCUUGGCUCUUGCCUGCCUGGGCAGCACAUGACCUCACUUUUUUGAAAGCAGCAUCUGUUCAUGCCGCGCUGUAGCCUCUGCUCUGGCUGGUGCUGACGGUCAGCCUUCCCCACGGCAGGUUCUGUCAGUGUGUCCGGGCAGGAGGCAGUGGGGUUGGACUGGUUUGCAGAGCAGGGCUGGCAGCUCAGACUGCAGUUUUGCUCCCUGACCCCUUAGGUACACAGAUGCGUACCGCAAGACGUGUUUGCCGAGAGAGCAUCUUCUGUCUGACCAGCCCUGGCAGGAAGAGAUGCGCAGCUUAAUUAAUACAUGUCAGCCUCACCAGGUGGGGGUGGCUCCCAGCCCCCCUGGGACGCUGUAGCUUGCGGGAUCAAGAGCACGGCUGAUCUAGGCCUUCAGAGGUCUGCAUCUGCCUCUCGGGUGCUGACUCGUGCUCCUGUUCUGCUCAGCAGCAGCAGGGAACUUCCACUCCUGCCACGGGUGCAUCUGAAUGUCACUUGAACUGUAUGCAAUAAAAGUCCAUUGUGCGUUGAGCCACGUACCAAAUAAUGGGAAACUUUGCAUCCCGUUCAGGCUUAUGCCACACGGAUGGACUGUCAUUGGCCUUCAUUUGUGCAGAAGGAAGAGGCAGUUGUUUUUUCACAAUUAAAAAAAAAUUGAUUAUAAUAAUCUUACAACUAUGUGAAUUCCUAGUACUGGGGUUGCCACUGAAGGAGGGUCUGACCUUCAUCUUGGGUGGAGCUAGCUCAGGUGUUCAGAGACUCGGCACAAAAGAGCACAACCUCCGUUCCCCUGCCCCUCCCUUUUGGAGGAGUAGGUUACUCGCCCAACUUGCUGAUGAAACUUGGGCUACAGUGUCUCAUUAAAAGAUCGGUAUUUGUUUUAAUUGUUUUUAAGGCUUCUUGUUUUGUAUUGGUGUUGGUACAAUGCACACGAAUUCAGGUAUUUCUGUUCCAGUUUGACAUACUGCAAUCAUUAUUCUGUUCCCACGAUUUUGAGUGACUCUGUCAGCAGGCCCAAGCCUUGCUUUAGCGUUACAGGCUGCGCGUCUGGAUGGCCGUGGAGCGCACGCUUCAUUCAGUUGCUCGUGAAUGCAGGUAGAGCGCCGCGUCCGUUCCUGUUCAGCAAGGACCUCCUGCCAGAGCUCGCUGGAAUCGGGGCGCCUUUCCACGGACUUUGGGAGUUACGGAUUGAUCGCACAGUGAUGAUUUUGAACGUUCUUGGUGUUUUGAAAGAUGCCACGUGAAUGUUGUAUCUUAUCCCCUGCCUGCCUUGAACAUGUAUUUGGAGUUGUUUUAUAUACAGGCAGGGUGGGGUGGUUCCAGGCCCCAACCCUGCAAGUGCU